AUGGCCCCAGCUACCCCUAAAGCUUCCAAGACUGCGCACUUAAAAAAUGCAUCCACAUCAUCUCAAAAGAAAAUGAAACAAUCGAGCUUAUUAUCAUUUUUUUCUAAACAGAUGCCUUCUGGCACACCCAGCAAGAAAGAUUGCAGGCCUACUUCGGUGACUCCACAAAAUUCACAUACUGAGAAGGUAACUGAAAAGCCAGAAAGUAAAAAGGCAGGUCAGCUUUUUGUAGAUAUAGACGGUGAUAAUGAUUUAACUAUGGCUGAAGAAACGUUAUCAACUGCCAAAAGUGAAACUGCACAUUCCCAGGAGCCCCAGUCCGAUACCUUAUUAAAUGCUAAUGUGACGGACGUUAAAAGUGCCAUCACUGCCGAUGAUGAUAUGUCAUCUUCCUCUCAAUCACCAAGAACCCAUAAAAGAAAGGUCAACUACGCUGAAAGCGACGAGGAGGUUUCAAGCACUACGUUUGGUACGAAACGAAAGAGAAGUAAAGUAAUCGAUAGCGAAAGUGAUGAAGAUGAAUAUGUACCUGAUAAGAAUGAAGCGGAUGAAGACGAUGAUGAUAAUGAUGUUAUAGAGAGUAAAGGAGAUGUCAAACACGAACUAGAUGAUAAUGGUGACGAUGACGAUGAUGAUUUGCUUUCCUUAGCUGAAGCGACAUCGAAGAGGAAAAUACCGAAUAUUUCUCAUUCUUCAUCACCUUUUACAGGAAGCACCUCUCAUAUGAAUUCAAAGGACAAAAGCAGACCAAAACAGAUCCGAAGUAGAUCUUAUACUCCUCCUCGCAGCCAAAAAUCAGCGGUCUCAAAAUCCAGCAAAUUCAAUAAGCAAAAUGAAGAAAGAUAUCAGUGGCUGGUGGAUGAACGUGACGCUCAGCGCCGUUCCAAGAAUGAUCCAGAGUAUGACCCAAGAACAUUGUAUAUCCCAUCCUCUGCAUGGAACAAAUUUACGCCUUUUGAAAAACAAUAUUGGGAAAUUAAAUCCAAAAUGUGGGAUUGCAUUGUCUUCUUCAAAAAGGGUAAAUUCUUCGAACUGUACGAAAAAGAUGCAUUGUUGGCUAAUGCACUGUUCGACUUAAAGAUUGCUGGUGGUGGACGUGCCAAUAUGCAAUUAGCUGGGAUACCAGAAAUGUCAUUUGAAUACUGGGCAGCUCAGUUUAUUCAAAUGGGUUAUAAAGUCGCUAAGGUGGACCAGAGAGAAUCAAUGUUGGCUAAAGAAAUGAGAGAAGGUUCAAAAGGUAUUGUCAAGAGAGAACUGCAAUGCAUAUUAACCUCUGGCACUUUAACAGAUGGUGAUAUGUUGCAUUCGGACCUAGCAACGUUUUGUCUUGCUAUUAGAGAAGAGCCUGGCAACUACUACAACCAGGCCCAAUUGGAUUCAUCGACUAUGGCAAAGAAGUUAAGUACAAAAAUAUUUGGAGCGGCUUUCAUUGAUACUGCAACUGGUGAAAUUCAAAUGCUGGAAUUUGAGGAUGAUAGUGAAUGCACCAAACUAGACACAUUAAUGUCGCAAGUAAAACCUAUGGAAGUUGUUAUGGAGAGGAAUAAUUUGAGCACGCUAGCGAAUAAAAUCGUCAAGUUUAAUUCAGCUCCUAAUGCAAUCUUCAAUGAAGUUAAAGCUGGCGAAGAAUUUUAUGACUCUGAUAAAACUUAUUCUGAGAUCAUUUCAUCUGCCUACUUCCCCACGGAGGAGGACUGGCCGGACAUUUUAAAGAAUUAUCACGAUAUGGGAAAAAAUGUCGGUUUCAGUGCUUUUGGUGGUUUAUUGUAUUAUUUAAAAUGGUUAAAAUUAGAUGAGAAUCUAAUUUCGAUGAAAAAUAUCAAAGAAUACAAUUUUGUAAAAUCCCAACAUUCUAUGGUUUUGGAUGGUAUAACUUUGCAAAACUUGGAAAUUUUUUCCAAUUCGUUUGAUGGUUCCGAUAAGGGAACACUGUUCAAAUUAUUCAACAGGGCUAUUACUCCAAUGGGUAAAAGAAUGAUGAAAAAGUGGCUAAUGCAUCCACUUUUGCAUAAAAAUGAUAUUGAGAAUAGGCUUGAUAGCAUUGACUCCUUGUUGCAAGAUAUUACUUUGAGAGAAGAUCUUGAAAGUACAUUUUCUAAACUACCUGAUUUGGAGAGAAUGUUGGCCCGUAUUCACAGUCGAACGAUUAAAGUAAGAGAUUUUGAAAAAGUUAUAACUGCACUUGAAACGAUUGUUCAGCUGCAAAGCUCUUUGCAGAAUAAUAACUUAAAGGGAGACGUUUCACAAUAUAUAUCGUCUUUUCCUGAGGAGCUUGUCGAAGGUGUUGAAAACUGGACAAAUGCGUUUGAAAGACAGAGAGCAAUCAACGAAAACGUCAUCGUUCCACAAAGGGGGUUUGAUGUGGAAUUUGAUAAAUCAUUGGAUAAAAUACAGGAGUUAGAAGGCGAAUUAAUGAAAAUUUUGGUGCGUUACAGGAAAGAGUUCAAAUGCUCCAAUAUUCAAUAUAAAGAUUCUGGAAAAGAGAUAUACACAAUUGAAAUUCCCGUGUCUGUUACUGCAAGAGUUCCAUCAAACUGGGUUCAAAUGGCGGCAAACAAAACCUAUAAGAGAUAUUAUUCCGACGAAGUAAGGACCCUGGCGAGAUCAAUGGCAGAGGCAAAGGAACUGCACAAGACGCUAGAAGAAGAUUUAAAGAACAGGUUAUGUCAAAAAUUCGACGCGCAUUAUAAUUCAAUUUGGAUGCCUACUAUACAGGCCAUUUCUAAUAUAGACUGUCUUUUGUCCAUAACAAGAACAUCAGAAUCUCUAGGUACUCCCUCUUGUAGGCCAACCAUUGUGGACGAAGUCGAUGCAAAAACGAAUGCCAAAUUAAACGGUUAUUUGAAAUUUGAAUCGUUGAGACAUCCGUGCUUCAACCUUGGCGCUACCACAGCAAAGGACUUCAUUCCCAAUGACAUUGAAUUAGGUAAAGAACAGCCCAGAUUGGGGCUGUUAACUGGUGCAAAUGCAGCCGGUAAAUCUACCAUAUUGAGAAUGGCGUGUAUUGCAGUGAUUAUGGCGCAAAUGGGAUGCUAUGUUCCUUGUGAAUCCGCUGUUUUGACACCAAUCGAUAGAAUCAUGACACGUUUGGGCGCUAAUGAUAACAUUAUGCAAGGUAAAUCUACAUUCUUCGUAGAAUUGGCAGAAACGAAAAAAAUAUUAGAUUUGGCAACGAAUAGAUCAUUAUUGGUUGUUGAUGAACUUGGAAGAGGAGGCUCGUCCAGCGAUGGGUUUGCCAUUGCAGAAGGUGUACUACAUCAUGUGGCAACACAUAUUCAAAGUUUGGGCUUUUUCGCGACACAUUACGGGACGCUGGCAUCAAGUUUUAAACAUCAUCCUCAGGUAAGGCCACUGAAGAUGAGCAUUCUAGUGGAUGAGGCGACCAGGAACGUUACAUUCUUAUACAAGAUGCUCGAAGGACAGAGUGAAGGUUCCUUUGGUAUGCAUGUGGCGUCAAUGUGCGGAAUUUCAAAAGACAUCAUCGACAACGCGCAGAUUGCGGCUGAUAAUUUGGAACAUACUUCCAGGUUAGCCAAAGAGCGUGAUUUGGCCGCCAACAACUUGGAAGGUGAAGUAGUUUCUUUAUCUGGUGGUUUACAAAGUGAUUUCGUUCGGAUUGUAUACGGAGAUGGACUCCAAAAUACAAAAUUAGGUUCUGGCGAAGGCGUUUUGAACUAUGAUUGGAACAUCAAAGGAAAUGUUUUGAAAAGUUUAUUUAGCAUAAUUGAUAAUUUAGAUUCAUAA